AUGGAUACCACUCCUGAGACCAAAGCCGCGCCCGAAACGCCUGCAUCACUGCCUUCGCCUCCUCCAGCGGCAUCUACUUCUGGAUUGCCAACAGACUAUAAGCUGUAUAGGGCACCACAGAGUGGCUCGACUUCUUCAACUCAGGCCCUACCUGACUCAUUCUACGAACCGUCAUCGGCUGAUCUGAAGGAGGCCCAGUCGAUGUUGCACGCUCGUAAGGAGGCAUUGAAGAAUAGGCCGUUACAAACCCAAGAGAUGCGUGAAAGGGAAGAGAAGAAGAAAGAGAGUAGAUGGCCCACAACAACAAUACGGGUCAAGUUCGCAGACGGCACUCAACUGGAGAAGGUCUUCCCGUCAACGGAUAAGAUACGCUCGAUAUAUGCCUUCGCCAGGAGCUCUCUGCGGGAAGAUGUCAAGCCCAUCAAAUUUGUUCUAUAUCAACUACCGAACCGUGAGCUGAAGGUGUCUGAUCUUGCCGUCCGGGACCUUUCGUUGUACAAGCUGGACCUAGCUCCGCGUGCUGUGCUCCAGCUGAGAUUCCUGGAUGAAGCGCUCAACCACCCGACAGUACCCGCUCCCCUCGCUCCAGAAGUCUUGUCCACGGCCAUCGAUCUACCUUCGCCACCAGACUACGACAAGAAGGAUCAAUCUUCCUCGUCUUCAUCCUCGCGGCCAAAGACGGGCGGCGCCUUAUUGUCCUCGGGAGAUAAGAAGAUACCCAAAUGGUUGAAGAUUGGAAAAAAGUAG